AUGAAGCUGCCCCUGCUACUGCCCCUCCUGCUGGGAGCCGUCUCUGCCCGCCACCUGGGGGACAAUGCCCCCCCUCUGGAGUGUCUGGACACCCAAGCUGACCUGAGCCAGAACCUGGACUGCUCCGGGGAGCAGAAGGGAGAGCUGGCACUGCAUAGGGAGGGGAUUCCAUCAGGGGAAGAGGAGGCCAAGGAUUCUGGCUGUCACGAGACUUUGGAGGAUAAGGACGACCUGGAUUCAGACCCUGCUGCCUCAGGGGACCUUGGGUGCGCCAAGGAAGAGGACACAGUUCAAGUGCAGGGCACUCCUAGGUGCAAGAUCUCUCAUUAUGUGGUGGUGAAGACGCCCAGAGCAUUUUUAGAAGCUAUGAGAAUGUGCCGUAUGGACUACGGUGGCAACCUUGUUUCAAUCCACAACAUCAAUAACAACAAUGAAAUCCAGAGUUUGUCACCGUCGAGUGGAUUUACAUGGACAGAUGGGAGCUUUUGGGAUUUUACAAACUGGGCCCCAGGACAGCCCAAUGGUGGAUCAGGAGACUGUGUCACCAUGCUCACCCAAGGUCCUGCCCGCAUUGGAGACCCAGCAGAUGGCUGUGAGGGCUGA